AUGUCCAAAAGAAGCCUUAAAGCGCUGUGCCUAGUCAACCGUGAAUGGAAUGAAACUGCCAAAAGAUUCUUGAAUCAACAUAUCAUCAUCCGCCUGAGAGAUGGAAAAAUCCCUAUCAUACCGGAUGACCAACGUAUCCUCACACAAGCGAGACAAGUGAGCCUUGUGGCAGAAUUCACGCCGCAGUCCGACCGUAAGACGUUUCGCCCCAAUUGCAUAGGUCCUCAGACCAGGGAAAGGCUUGAUCGGGAGUACUCCGACAUUCCCCGUGUGCUGGAAGGAGCUUUCUUAAAUGAUCGAAACGUCCCCAAGGCUGGUUUCUACGUUGGGGGUGAUUGGAGUCCUGUCAUCGAUCUGAUUCGACGAAUACCUUAUUUGCAUGAUGUGAAUAUAUUUGUUUUCUAUGGUGGCCCGAUCGAGCUCUUCGAGGCUCUUUCGCAAUAUCACCCUACUUGUCGAGUGUCUUUCUUCAGCACUUUGAUGGAUCGACACCCACUUCGGGGGUGUGGUAUGUUUCCUAUUAUUCACCCAGUGUGGCCUUCCUCACCGAUGCUAUAUGCUGUUCAUUUGACCGCUUUGGAGGAUAGUGAUAGGAGCCCACUUUUUGUGCAUCCGGAUAGAACGCUACAGAAUUUUGUGUUAUAUGCGCCUAAUCUCAAAACGAUUGCAUUACGAAUUAGUUCUAGGUGCCACCCUCAAACUCGGCGAGAGCACCUCAGAGGCUUCGGAGUGGAUAAGGAAGCCAGAAGUGACAAACCGCCUGGACCCGGUAGAAUAGAAACCAUGUCAUGGCCUCUUCGCACCGAAAUGACAGCUGAGCAAUUUCAGGAUUGGCAAACAAUCACUGAUUUCAGUAUUCUGAGAUCGUUGAAUUUUGGCUGUAUUCGAAACUCGACACUACUGCAGUCUAUCGUGGAUGAUCACCCAUUUCGACAGCUAAGGCGACUCACUGUUGCCUUAGUUCCACGAAAAGAUGACGAUGGCCCAAAAUUUUGGCAAGCUGCGGAGUCAAUGUUUAGUUCGCUACCCUGUUUAACACAUCUUUCUUUACUUGGGAUGUAUACUGCUGAGUUUGCCAACAAUGUGAUAGGCUAUAAACAUGGACAGACUCUUGUUGAAUUGGGAUUGCAUGGGGAAAUACAACCUGAAUCAUGCUCCAGAGGUAGAUCUAUAUCUCGCCUAUGUGAAAAGGGGCAGGUUGGACCUAUAUUUUCAACUAAGCAUGUUCGAUGGUUAGCAGAUUAUUGCCCAUCUCUUCAGAAGCUACAAAUCUGUGUACAGGGAUAUCCAGAUCCCCAAACAGAUAUGUCGAGUGCUCUGGGCCGGUUUCCAUCCCUCAAAAAGCUGGACCUUGUGUUGAAUUGCUUACCACAAAUUGAUGCCAACAGAAUGCCAGUCCCGCUGCGAGAAUUGACUGAGUUUGAAAAGGGCAUGGCAUCGGAUUCCAAGUGGGGUAGUGAUGUUUGCCCUAGAUGGUUCAUUCGAGACUGCAUGAUCAACUGUGCUAUGAGCGAAAUUUUCGUCAAGCAAUUCUUCACACAAAUACGCACAUCCCAACAAAGUCUUGUCCAGCUUGUCAUGGAGCCUCUUUUUAGCAAUGUGUACCAGCAUACUGAAUUAGACCAGUACUCCUCUUUCCGCGGGGGAGUAAAGAAAUUCAUCAACUAUGGCUUUUUCAGUGAAUUGGCGUCUGUCUGGACGGUCAAACAAGACAAUGAUACAGAGCUGCAUGCGAUACGCAAGGAGCCCUUUAAUCCUGCCUUUCUCAAUUUUGAUUACCCAGAUGAGAUAUUAUCGAUUUUCCGUUCUACCGAUAUAUGGGAGACGACGCCAGACGUCAAAACUCAAUAG